CGGAGCGGCGCCGCGGGGCUCGCGGGCAGCCGGCGGGCGGGCGGGCGCCGCCGCCGCGUCCUUCCCCUCCCCUCGCCGCGCCGCGCCUCUCGCCGGCCGCUCGCCUCCCCGCCGCCGGACCGGAACUAUGUGAUCCCGGAAGUUCCGGUGCCAUUGCUGUGUGGGAUAAACAGUAAUGGCGGAGGCUGCAGCUCCCGGAACAACAGCCACACCAUCGGGAGCAGGAGCGGCGGCCUCCCCCACCCCUCUCCCCGCCGUCGCCGCCCCGUCCGCGGGCGCGGGGGCCGGGGGGGGCGGCAGCGACGGCAGCGGCGGCGGCUGGACCAAACAGGUCACCUGCAGGUAUUUCAUGCAUGGGGUUUGUAAGGAAGGAGAGAACUGUCGCUAUUCCCACGACCUCUCCGACAGCCCGUACGGUGUAGUGUGCAAGUAUUUCCAGCGAGGAUACUGUAUUUACGGAGACCGCUGCAGAUAUGAACACAGCAAGCCCCUGAAACAGGACGAGGCGGCGGCUGCAGAUCUCCCUGGGAAAACGGCCCUCGCUGCUGCUUCCAGCCUCUCUCCCGUCGCGGCACCAGGCGCCGAGAUGAACACGGGGGAAGCGGAGGCGGGAAACUCGACCUUUCCGGCCGUGGGCGCUGGUUCCGAGGACUGGGUGAAUGCCAUCGAGUUCGUUCCCGGGCAGCCCUACUGCGGCCGGACCGCCCCCUCCUGCACGGAGGCGCCCGUGCAGGGCUCAGCGACCAAGGAGGAAGCCGAGAAGGAGCCCUCAGCCGUGGAGACGAAGAAGCAGCUCUGUCCGUACGCUGCCGUGGGCGAGUGCCGCUACGGCGAGAACUGUGUGUACCUCCACGGGGACGCGUGCGACAUGUGCGGGCUGCAGGUCCUGCACCCGAUGGACGCUGCCCAGAGGUCCCAGCACAUCAAAUCUUGCAUCGAGGCCCAUGAGAAAGACAUGGAGCUCUCGUUUGCGGUCCAGCGCAGUAAGGACAUGGUGUGUGGCAUCUGCAUGGAGGUGGUCUAUGAGAAAGCCAACCCCAGCGAGCGCCGCUUCGGGAUUCUCUCCAACUGCAACCACACCUACUGUCUCAAGUGCAUUCGCAAGUGGAGGAGUGCGAAGCAGUUUGAGAGCAAGAUCAUAAAGUCCUGCCCCGAAUGCCGGAUCACAUCUAACUUUGUCAUUCCAAGUGAGUACUGGGUGGAGGAGAAAGAAGAGAAGCAGAAACUCAUUCAGAAAUACAAGGAGGCGAUGAGCAACAAGGCGUGCAGGUAUUUUGAUGAAGGCCGCGGGAGCUGUCCGUUUGGAGGGAACUGUUUUUACAAGCAUGCGUACCCCGAUGGCCGUAGAGAGGAGCCACAGAGACAGAAAGUGGGAACAUCCAGCAGAUACCGGGCCCAACGGAGGACCCACUUCUGGGAGCUCAUUGAGGAAAGAGAGAGCAGCAGCCCCUUUGACCACGACGAAGAGGAGGUUGUCACCUUUGAGCUGGGCGAGAUGUUGCUUAUGCUUUUGGCUGCAGGCGGGGACGACGACCUGACAGACUCGGAAGACGAGUGGGACUUAUUUCAUGACGAGCUGGAAGAUUUUUAUGACUUGGAUCUAUAGCAGCUCGGCGUGGCGCGUGCUCCGGGCUCACCGAGCCCGCCCGUCGCCUCCCCGUGCUGGUGUGGCAGUGCCCGUGUCCCCCUCCUAGGCAGGCCUCGAAAACUCCAGGUGCUGUCGUGACCCCCCCCUGACCCAGGGCCUGUCUCCUCCACCCCUCCCCUCCCCUUCCCCCCUUCCCCCACGCCCCCUUCCCCAUAAGGAGUGCGUUGUUUUUCUCUGUUUAAAAAAAAGUUACAAAAAAAAAUAAAUCUUAAAGUUAGUUUUUUUUUUUUUUUGUAACAGGAAUUUAACUGUCAGACAGUUAGUGUAGGUUUGUUGCGUCAGCUGCUUUCAGCCCGAGUCACACCCUUCAGGGGACUGUGCACGGAGUUCCCACGCUCCCGAGAGGCUCUCCGGGGGCUGAGACCAGGGGGUGACGGGAAAAGGAUCCGAGCUGGCAGGUCGCCCUCUGCCCCAGACUUCAGAGCUGGGGACUUGAGGUUUCUGGUGACGUCUGCACAUCUGUGUUUUUAUAUCCGUCCCUCGCCCGCGCCCUGCCCCAUGCACGCGUUCUGUGGUUUUGGUCUCUUGUUUAAUUGCACACGAGGAAUAAAUACUACUGGGUAACCAGAACCAAG